GGAAGUCAGUCGGUCACCUUGUUACCUGCUGAAAGUUGACAGCCGACACACUCGCCAUGGUGCAGGUGGGAGGAUGGUACGACCGGCUCCUCAUGGAAACGUUAACGCACCGGGAGCACAACGGACUGAAAUGCAAAGAGGUACACAACUAUCACAACACCAUAAAGAAAGGGUCAGAGCUGAUUGCUGCCUCCGGGCAGCACACGCUGGAGUCCUCUGAACAUGUGGCCAUGCUCGUGGCUGUCCCAUUAUACCUGCGCUCAUGUAUUGUCAUCCUGUUUGGCUACCUGAGAGACUUCCUCAAAACAGUGGGUUUAGGGAAGCAUACUCAAACCCAAGAAAGAAAAGAGCAGAGGAAACAUGUCCGGGGUCCAGAAGUCACCUCUGGUCAGCACAGACAGGAAGUUUUUGAAAAGGCGCCCAUGCACGUGGCUGUCCUGACAUACAUGGGAUUUGGCAUAGUCACCCUCUUUGGCUACUUCAGAGACUUCCUCAGAGCUGUGGGUUUAGAGAAGUGCAAUCUCGCACAGGAACGAGAGGAACAGAAGGAUUUUGUACCACUUUACCAAGACUUUGAGAACUUCUACACCCGAAACCUGUACAUGAGAGUACGAGACAACUGGAACCGGCCGUUAUGCAGCCUGCCAGGGCCUGUCGUCGACCUGAUGGAGAGAGUUUCUGAUGACUACAACUGGACAUUCAGAUUAACUGGCAGGACAAUACACAAUGUCAUCAACAUGGGCUCCUACAACUACCUCGGGUUUGCAGAGAACAAUGCCGAUUACCUUGAAACAGUGGCAGACAAAGCACACCAGUAUGGGGUCGGCGUUUGUAGCACACGGCAGGAAACAGGUACCCUGGACAUUCAUGUCGAGCUUGAGUAUCUAGUGGCCCGUUUCAUUGGAGUGGAGUCCUCCAUGGUGUUUGGGAUGGGUUUUGCCACCAACUCUAUGAACAUUCCUGCACUUGUUGGCAAGGGCUGUUUGAUCCUGAGUGAUGAGCUCAACCACACUUCUCUCAUCUUAGGGGCUCGAUUGUCGGGAGCGACCGUCAAGGUGUUCAAACACAACAACAUGGUCCAUUUAGAGAAAGAGUUAAGAGACUCAAUCUGCUCAGGGCAGCCUCGGACCCACAGGCCCUGGAGGAAAAUCCUGAUUAUGGUGGAAGGCAUCUUUAGCAUGGAGGGCUCUGUGGUACGACUCCCUGAACUGAUCGCUCUGAAGAAGAAAUAUAAGGCAUGUCUGUACCUGGAUGAGGCCCACAGCAUCGGUGCAGUGGGGCCAGGAGGGAGGGGCGUGACAGAGAUGUUUGGGGUGAACCCAGCAGACGUGGACGUGAUGAUGGGCACCUUCACCAAGAGCUUUGGGGCUGCUGGAGGCUAUAUUGCUGGCAAAAAGGAUUUGGUCGACUACCUGCGUAGCCAGUCCCACAGUGCCAUGUACACCUCGAGCAUGUCUCCUCCUGUUGCUGAGCAGAUCAUACGGGCCAUAAAGUGCAUCACAGGACAGGAUGGCAGCACAGAGGGCAUCCGACGCAUCCGACAAUUGUCUCAGAACACCAGAUACUUCCGGGCCAAGGUGAAGAAAAUGGGCUUCAUCAUCUACGGCAACGAGGACUCCCCUGUGGUCCCCAUCCUGCUCUACAUGCCAGGCAAAGUGGUAGCUUUUGCUCGAGAAAUGCUUGAGAGGAAAAUUGCCGUGGUCGUGGUCGGCUUCCCCGCUACGCCAAUAACCGAAGCCCGCGCUCGCUUCUGUAUGUCUGCAGCCCACACCAGAGACAUGCUGGACGAGGUGCUGCACCACCUGGACGAGGUGGGAGACGGCCUGGGUCUGAAGUUCUCACGGCGGAAACAAUCCUGCUGGUCUGACCUCUGUAAUGAGACUGACUUUGAGCCGGAUGGCUAAUGCAACUGUUGACCUCUUCACUUGACUGUGUCAAAACCACACACAACCACAAAUCCACAUAGAACUGGAACACACAGUGUUUAGACCACGGAAGUGCCCAGUCAGCAGUCACAGGUUGAUUUGAUCAACAAAAAAUGCUAAGUUACUGAUGAUCGUGCACCCAGAAUAUCCUCGUUUCUCCUUGGAUUCUCUCCAGUUUAUGCUAUGUAAUGUAUUGUAUUGGAAAAAUAUACAGAAUUUGUAAAUGCAUUGAAUGAAUAAUGCCAUGUGAAAUAACCAGCCACAGCACAAGGUACACCUGCACAAUUUAAUUACAUUCUAUACACUGUGACGCUCGGUGGCCGACUGGUUAGAGCGUCAGCCUCACAGUUCUGAGGAGCGGGGUUCAAUCCCCGGUCCCGCCUGUGUGGAGUUUGCAUGUUCACCCCGUGCCUGCGUGGGUUUUCUCCGGGCACUCCGGUUUCCUCCCACAUCCCAAAAACAUGCAUUAAUUGGGGACUCUAAAUUGCCCGUAGGUGUGAAUGUGAGUGCGAAUGUUGUUUGUUUCUAUGUGCCCUGCGAUUGGCUGGCAACCAGUUCAGGGUGUACCCCGCCUCCUGCCCGAUGAUAGCUGGGAUAGGCUCCAGCACGCCCGCGACCCUAGUGAGGAGAAGCAGCUCAGAAAAUGGAUGGAUGGACACUGUGACGCUGACACAGAUGUAUUAAAUGCUGUGUUACAAAAUGUGGUUCCUUACCCUAUAAAGAAAAGAGAAAAAUACUAGCCAGAGAUAAGUUAUUAAAAUAAAAUAUUGACAAAAGUAAGUAUAUAUGAUAAAAGAGGAUUUAAAUUGAAGAUACACAUGCAUCUGGAGUAUUAACGACAAGCCUAUAGAAUAUAUAUGAGGGACAGUCUAACAAUAAUGUAAUUUAAUAAGCAAUUUUACUUAAACUCCUAAUAAUUAUUUUUUUUUUUUUUCAUUGAAAUGUUCAAUUUUUAGUUUAAAUACAUGUUUUUAGGUUUGUUUAGAAAAAAACUUUUAUUUAAGCCUGUCCUCUUCCUGUCAGCCAUUUUGGAAAUGACAUCAUUGUUGGAUAUCAGUCAGAAGCAGACAGCUGUGAUUGAAUUUCUUGUUCUGGAAGGCGAACCACCACUAAACAUUUUCAAAAGGUUGCAAAAUGUGUAUGGAGAAGCUGCAACAGGCUACAGCAUAGUCAAAAAGUGGGUGUCCAGGAUCAAAGGUGAGGCACAAGCUCCUGCUUUGAGUGAUCUCCGUGGCAAGCAAAAGAGCUUGUGAAGUCAUCAGUUCCUUUGUCUGGACUACCAUAAUCCAUCCCACACACUCACCUGAUCUGGCACCAUCAGAAUAUGACCUUUUGGGACCUUUAAAAGAAGUAUUUAGCAGUCAGCACUUCUCUGAUGACGAACAAGUUAAGGAUGCUGCAAAACAAAAAUGGUUAAAAGCGUAGCCUACUGAAUUUUACGAGCUUGGCAUACAUGGCCUUGUUAAAUGAUGAACAGUCGAUGUUGAGAAGAAGGAAGAUUAUAUUGAAAUUUAGCGAUGAAAACCCCUCUUUAUGGGCUUUAUUUCUAUGCGUAUAUUGCCUUUUUAUUGCAAUAAAUAAAGCCAGAGGAAAAUUGGGCUCAUUACUUUUUGACUUCCCCUCGUACUAUAGGGGCAAAGAUAUUUGUUCACUUGAAUCUUGCGACUACAAGAUCUGGAAACUAUAAAUGAUGGAAGUACCUCAGUUCACACACGGCUAACAUGCAAGGAGUGCAGACAGCUGCGAAGAUUCAAAUAUGAGUGUAUGUUUUGCGUAAGACUUGAAAAAAGGGUCCAGACUUGCAGGGUGCCACCCACGUUUCACUGCCAGCUGCAAGCUUGUUUUUUUGUGAGUGUAAAAAAAAAAAAAAUUUUUUUUUUUUUUUUUUAUAAAUCUUCUUAACAUGAGAAGGUUUGGAAAGCCUGUCCGGCCACAACUUUUAACAAGAGGAGGUUUGAAAACUUUGCAACUUUUAAUACUGUACCAACCAAUCUCUGUCAGCCCUUUAAAGCCUUUUUUAAGUUCUAGAUCAAGGAAUUGACGAUAUAACUGUGUUCUUUUUUUAUUAAAUCAUGUUUGAUUCUUGA